AUGUACGCAUGCGCAUUCCAUACUUUCGCUUUUAUGGUAUAAAUCCAGUCGGAAUUUAUGAGUAUCAUACUAUCAAAGAUACGAGUGUACCCCGAAGCAUACAUAUCUAGCACAUCCGUCAUCAUGGCCAUGUUGUGACUGUAGCCUAUAGGCAACUUUGAAGAAUGGGAUUUUUCUAGCGAAAUGUAUUGGACUGACAUAAAAGUCACAAGGCAAAUGUAGAAUCCCAAAAGCUGAGGAAUAAUAACAGAGAAUGGCACAGAGAAGAAACACUGUGAGAGAAAGGAAGAGGUGUUUGGAGGUGUUGCAACUGAAAGAUGAAGCCACAGAAGAGGAGGUAAAGAAGAGCUACAGAAAACUGGCCUUAAAGUACCAUCCUGAUAAGAACCAAAGUGAAGAUGCUAAAGAAAAAUUUCAAGAAAUUGGAUAUGCCUACAAAUACCUCACAGAAGGUCCAGAGGCUGUAGGUUUACAUGAUGACUCCUCAGAUGUUGGUGCAUUUGACGACACCGCCUCAAUGGACAUAUUGUUUAGACUUUUCCCAUGGCUUAUUGGGGAGAGAAGAGGGCAUACCACCUUCAUGUUUUCUGGUGGUCCAGGUUUUGGUUUCACGUCCUUCACCUCCAGCCCGUUCCACUCCUCCUUCUUUGAUGACCACGAUAGUCACUUCCCCAUGUUUAUGGAGGAAGACCCUUUUGAUGUGAGGUCACCUUUUGACCGCAUGUUCCACUUUCACCAACCAGGACUUGGACAUUUUCAUCGUUCCUCAAGGCCUCACCAUAACCAGCAUCACAGACCCCGACAACGCCAUCGUGUCAAUGUGGAACAACCCAGGCCUACUCAAAGGACAGGACCUGAAACAAAUGGAGGCAGUCACCCAUUUCCAACAGAGGACUAUAUUGAAAUUUCUGAUGACGAGACUGCAGUGCAUGAAAAUAGUAGCAGCACCAGGAGAACAAACAAUGAUACACCAUCUGGAAAUUCUUACAAUGGUAGCCGAGGCAACAAUGAUUAUUUUGAUAAGUACAAACCUGACAUCCCGCAGACUGAACAAGAUGAGGAGGAAAUGCUCCGGAUAGCUCUAGAACUCAGUAAAUCGGAACUAUCCAAGGAAGACAAGAACAAUAACAAACAGAAAAAACAGGAAAGCAAGAAAAUUAAGGAAGACAAGAACUUUUCUGUCAAAGUCUCAGCUGAUUACGGUGCUGAAGUACCUGCUGAAUCUGAGUCUGAUGCAGGUGAAGGGUACUUCAGUGGUAUUCCAGCACAGGGUACAACUCGGGAUGUGGACGAGUUUUCUACCUACGAUAAUUGUGAGAGUGAUGAUAAUCAAGACACCAUGUCCUGGUAUGACAACAUAGGUGGAUUAUCAGACAACUCUGUGUACUCUCCUAUGCCGGAGGUACAAAAGACCUAUUACAAUAAUAGACUUGGGAGAGAUCACCCUAAAACUGCCACUAGUACUCAUUCCCACGGUUCCUCCAGGAAAUCUGGUCUCUCCCACCCACAUGGCCCUGGUGCUAGAGAUACUGACCAUGGCGAUUCAGGGAGGAGGACAAAUCUCAGGCACAGUAUGGGUGAUGAUGUCAGGCAUCACCAGAAUUUACAUGUACCGAAGAGUUCCAAAGCAGACAUGGCAAAAGGCUCACACCACAAGCACUAACACAAACUCUUAGAUAUCUUCUACAUGCUUAUUGAAUUCAGUUGUUAUGCAUUUUCAAUUUAUAAAUGUUUAAAAUAUGAAUGUUUUGUAAAACUAAUUUAUGAGCAUUUGUUUUAUAAAUAUCUUGAUGUUUUAAGAAGUUUUUUUUUUUGAAAGUAUCUAUUACAUUUACCAGUAUUGAUCAUUAUUUCAGUUUUUGUCAGAUUUUUAUGAGAAAUGAAUUACCAACUUAGGCCAUGUUGUUGCACAAGCAAGUUUGACCAAAUACGAUAUUUUUCUGAUUAAUGUCAAAAUGUUGUUUUCAUUUAAUGAAUGUAAGUUAUCUCUCGUGAAGCAGACAAAAUAAGGAUUACUGAUGUAUUGUUGGCCAGUAGACAAAGCAGUGUUGUUAUUAACUUCAGAAAAAAUUGCAUUUUCCUGUGUCAUUUAAAAUCGAGUAUAAAAGAGCAGUCUGUGCCUAGUGUGCUAAAAUUCUAGUCUGUGUGUUUGCAAUAUUACAGUAAAACACAAUUAUAAUGAACCUCCAAGGCGAGCAAAAAACAGUCUAUAAUAAAACCAAACUUCGUUAUAUCCAAUACAUAUUUCGUUAUUUUCCUCUGGUAGAAGAAUAAAUAUCACUUCACAAUAAACAUGAAUUUGUAAUGAGUAUGUUCAUUAUAGGUGUGUAUUUCUGUGUUUACCCUCUGAACACUGAAAAUCUUAUACACAAAACUACGUGUCGCAAAGGUUUAAAUGUAUGCAGAUAAAAGUAUAGUUUUACCGGAUUUUUUUUUUAUCUACUACGUUGUAACAGUGCAGUGCAUGUUUAUAUUUCAAAGCACGACAGUUUGAUAUGAUUUUAUAAUCUGGGAUGUUUGUUAAAUAAGGCACACAAUAAUUAUAGAUGGAAUGUGGAGAAAUGUGAACGCACACUUUGAUGUAAAUCUCUGUUGUUUAAAUAAAUGUUUUAGAAAAAGCAGUAA